AUGCCACAGCGGCAUCGCUCGGAAUCAGACCAGCGGAUGUUAUUUUUUGCUUUUUUUGUUUUUGUUUUAAAUAUAUAUAUAUAUAUAUUUUUUGAAACGAAGUCUCCACAGAUGGACCACAUGCCUCACGGUGACGUUCAGAUUUCAUCCAUCGGUCAGACCUUUUCGCUCACAGUUGUAUUAAUUUCGCUGCCCUGUAUCUUAACCUUUCUCUGUUUUCUCGCAGUGGUGGUGAACAUCAUGUGGUGGAUGGUGAUGAUCUCAGCCAUCGGUUUGGGCGCCACUCAUUUGGGCCUGUGCCCGUCGCAGCCCAGAAUCCCCGUCUACCUUCUGGUUCUGGGCGUGUCCAGCCUGCUGGCUCUGUCCGUGACGUACUGCCGCUUCGUGCGCGACGACGGCGCGAUGAGCACGCUCGCCACCGUCUGCAUGGCCCUGCUGCACCUCUUCACGUUCUGCUGGUUCGUCGCAGGCACCAGCUGGGUCUACGGCGCGUAUCCGCCCAGCUACACGCCCGGGGAAGCCCGGUACUGCCACAAGACCACCUACAACUUCGCCUUUGUGGUCACCACCCUGAUGUGGGCCGCCACCACGCUGUCGCUGUGCUGCUGCGCUUGCUUCCUGUCGCUGACCUGCUUCACGGCGAGACGCAGGCUGACGCCCAGCCGCACCGCCUCGUACGGAACCGCUCAUCUUCUUCAAGAAGACACGGCAGCAGCAGCAGGUGGUGUCUGAUCGCAACCCAAGUGUGGACUUUUUUGGGGGGGCCUUUUCACUCUUGACAGUAUUUUUCCUUUAAAUUGCUUCAGUUUGUUAAUAAAAAC